UCGCCGUUUUCUUUCAGAAACUAUAUUUGCUAGUAGAUUUCAGCUAGUAUUUUACUUCUAAACCCAAAUGCUGAAAAGCUCCAAUUUUUUGAAGUCUCAUAUCUUGACAGUAGGCAAAUACUAAUUGCAGGAGUUAUCUAAGAUGCUUUCAAAAAUUGCCAAAAUCCAGCUUGUGAGUUCGCAUCCUGAGGUUUACGAACCAUGCGAUGAUUCAUUUGCAUUGGUCGAUGCGUUAUUAGCUGAUCGAACUAACUUGUUACAGCACCGUCCCUCUAUUUGUAUGGAAAUUGGUUGUGGUAGUGGGUAUGUUAUCACUUCACUUGCGGUUAUGCUCGGACUUGAAGGAUUCAUUCCAUACUAUCUUGCAACAGACAUAAAUCCUCAUGCAAUAAGGGUGACCCGUGAGACGAUGGAUGCUCAUGGUGUUUAUGCAGAGUUGGUAAACACAGAUAUUGCAUCUGGACUCGAGAAGCGAUUGGGAGGAUCGGUUGAUGUGAUGGUUGUGAACCCUCCGUAUGUUCCUACGCCUGAAGAUGAAGUUGGUUGUGAAGGUAUCGCUUCUGCAUGGGCCGGAGGGGAGAAUGGUCGAAGUGUCAUUGAUAAAAUACUGCCUGUUGCUGACAAUCUUUUGUCGGAGAGGGGUUGGUUAUAUAUGGUCACGCUUACUGCUAAUAACCCCUCAGAAAUAUGCCUUGAGAUGAGAAAGAAGGGUUAUGCAUCUCGAGUCAUCCUGCAGAGAUCAACUGAAGAAGAAAGCCUCCAUAUUAUCAAAUUUUGGCGAGAUUCUGAUAGCCAGUUGGAGCUGAAGAAUUUAAGUUAUUGGACAAAACUGGUCAGGAAUUAGUGAAGGGUUUCAUUUGGUGAUUUCAUCGACUGUACGUUAGGUAACAUACUACUGACUAUUAGUUUUAGCAUUGCAGAUAGAGGGGAAGUUCAUCAGCUGGAUGUGGUAAGAUUAUCUCAUAGUUUUCCCUUUGUUUUGAUAAUAUCCACUCUUUCCUUUUGUUAGUUUGAAGUAAUACAUAGAAGUCAAAAACUGCAUUACAUUCUUUUUUUGUUUUGUGAUACUGUUGUUCAGGUGACAUCAUCUUAGAUUGGUGUUUGUUAUCUUUAUUCAAAGGAUACUCAAACAAGCUGACUCACUCUCAACUUUAUCAAGUACCUCACUCAUAUAUAUUCGAAUUAAUUUGCUUCCAAGAUAAAUCCUGCUUGCAACAAGCUAAUGCAUUCACCAUGAUAAAAGAAUCAGUUAAUGAAUAUUUUUUGAUGGAUAUUAUCUGGAUGAUUGACUGGUUUGGUGUCUUUCUGAAUUUACUUAUUUUUCUUACUGCAUUUUUAUCAUGUCACUGCUGAAUCCGGAUAGACCAUAUCUGUGUAGGUGAAAGGUUGUAGCCCUUUGAAAAGCCUCUAUCUUUACUAUACAAGUGUUUCAAGCCGAAUAAAACAAGAGGAAUAGAUCCAGCUGGAGAAGACAGUGGAAUGGUCUUUUUCUACUAUGGAUGGCUAGCAAAGGGUUUUAUUGCGUAAACUUUUUGUUAGAGACAGUGGAGUUUAUUUUUCUACUUUGGAUGCUUAGCAACCGAGGGUCUAUCGGAAACAGCAUCACUACCUCUCCAGGUUGGGGUAAGGUCUGCGUAUACACUAUCCUCCCCAUACCCCACAUGUAGGAUUAUACUGGGUAUGUUGUUGUUGUUGUACUUUGGAUGCUUAGCAAAGGUUCUUCCCUAGAGACUUUCUGCAGUUGAGGACUUUUAUCAUCAUAUCAAAGCCAUGGGGGAUGUCGAACAUCCAAGUCCUGGAUCUUCAAGUAAAAGCCAGACUUUCUUUACCAAAUUUACCAUAAAAUUAGCUAUUAGAGUGGUGAAGUUGAAAGAAAAAACAUUAAUGUCAUAGCAAAGAAAGAUGUUUUUGUCCUUUAAUUAUCAGGGGACUGUUCUCCUUUGAAUUCCCAGAUGAGAAGUGUCUAAAAGUUUAUAGAGAAUAUCAUGAUGAGAAGUAAUUACUAACCAGAGUGAUUACUAUGUAUUGACAGCAAAUGAGAUGCUUAUUUGUUUAAUGUAGGUACAAAAGCACUGUGUUGACAGUUUGCAGUCAAAAAACAAAAAGCUUUGAAAAAUAAGGUUGAGCUGCAGUUUUACCAUAAUAUUUGGUUUUGAACCUAGCUUCCUUUGUGGCAGUAGCCUACAUUUUUCAAAAAGAACUGUCAUUGGCUCCUUUUAUCUACUAAUGUAGCAAUAGUGUUGAAAAGUUGCAUUUGGAUAUUUUCUUUGUACUGUUGCAGUUGAUCAAUCUUGAGAAGAGAAACUUAAGAGGGGGUUAUCUAGGGCUGGGCAUAUAUCUGGUGUAACUGAUAGCCCGAACCGAUAAAAUACUAUUGGGUUAUCGAUAUCGGGUUAUUGGGUAAAUAGUUCGAUAAUGGUUUAAUGC